AUGAAGGCUCUUCUGUUUAUUAUUUUUAUUCAUUUAAUUUCUUCUUCCAUCAAUGCUGAAAUUUGUCAAACGGAUGAUUGUCGUAGUGGUAAUUGUGAAUUAUUACGUCUUUCCAAUGGAUUAAUCAAGAAAAGUUGUCAUUGUGCUAAAAAUGUUUGCGGUGAAACGUGUCAACGUUUGUGUAAUACAACUUCGCCAUGUGAUACUAAUCCAUGUUGGUUUGGUGGUACUUGCGUUGAUGUAGCAAAUUUCGAUUAUAUUUGUUUGUGUCCAUCUAAUCACUCUGGUAAAAAUUGUCGUACAGUAGCUUCAUGUCAACGAAACACGUGUUACAAUGACGGAACAUGUGUAGAAGCUGCUUAUGGUGCACGAUGUACAUGCUCAGCAGAUUUCUCUGGUGAAUAUUGUCAAUAUAAAAAAAACAGAUUACAAUCAAAAUCAACUGAUAAUUUACCACAUGUUGAAUAUAAACAAUUCGAUGCUGAAACAUUAGCUGUUAUUGCUAAUUUAGGCAGUGCAUCAAAUGGCAAUACACAACGCAUGAAUCCUCCUAGCAGUAUUGUCACUGCAGCUCCGGAAACGCAUUCACAAUUCGUUUUUUGUUUAACAAAUCCAUGUGACAAUGGUGGCACUUGUUUCGUUACAAAUACAGCCACGACCAAAGGAAUUUGUGUUUGUCGUGAUGGAUAUAUUGGUGAUUACUGUGAACGUUCAUUUCGUAAUAUGACAAUUGCUGCUCAAGUACCUGACGGUUAUUGUUCGUCAAGUCCAUGUUUAAAUGAUGGUACUUGUGUAGAAGUAGGCGGUUUUCAAGGUUACUGCCGAUGUUCAGGAGAAUAUCGUGGUCUUUAUUGUGAAAUAUCUAUACGAGCUGUUUCUUGUAAUCCAAAUCCUUGUAAAAAUGGUGGUACUUGCGUUUUAUUAGAAAAUAAUCAAGCACAAUGCUUAUGUACACCAGUAUUUCGUGGUUUAACUUGUAACCAAUUUAGUUAUGUACCAUGUGGUGAUGCUACUUGCCAUGGUACACAAGGUGUUUGUGUUGCCAAUCAAUGUAUUUGCAAAACAGGUUUUGCUGGUCCACGAUGUGAUUCAACAGAUUUUUGUGCAACAUUUCCUUGUCUUAAUGGAGGUACAUGCAUUCGUACUAAUGAAGAACCAUAUGGUGGUUGUAGUUGUCCAGCUGAAUUCUCUGGUCCAACCUGUAGUAAUGAUCCAUGUAGUCCGUCGCCAUGUUUAAAUGGUGGUUAUUGUGUACGAAAAGCUGACAAUCAAUUUUAUUGUCAAUGUCGUAAUCGAAAUAAAGGAAUUUAUUGUGAACAGGUUGAAUGUUUUCCAUCCGAUGCCACUGUUGAUGUUCUCAAUAUUGGUAAAGUUCCAUUAUCAUCUUUACAAAUCGGUUCACAAGUUCGUAUCAUCAAUGAAGAAGAUCAAGUAAGCUAUUCGCCGAUCAUUGCCUUUCUUCAUCGAGAACUUGAUGGACAAGCGAUAUAUAAACGUGUUCGUACAAGAAGUUCAACUAUUGAAUUAUCAAGUCGUCAUUUAAUUAAUCAACGUAAAGAUGGUUUUGUUUGGGCUGAAACAUUAAAUAAAGGUGAUGAAAUACGUGUCUUAUUAUCGAGCCAUGAAAAUGAGACAGAAUGGGAAGAAGUUGUAGAAAUAGCUGAUGUUCAUAAACAAGGUCUUAUGGCUCCAUUAACUGAACAAGGUACAAUUGUGGUUAACAAUGUUCAUGCAUCGUGUUAUGCACUUGUUAAAUCUCAUAAAGUGGCUCAUUUUGCAUUAGCACCAUAUCGAUUGUAUCAUCGAUUAUUCGGCCAAUUGUCUGAUACAGAUUUAAUGACAAAACCGAUUCUUUCUUAUGCUAGUACACUUCUUCAUUUUUUCAAAAAUUUACCAAUCGCUAAAGACCUUAUUUUUUGA